GAUGAGAGACUCCAAGUUGCGAUUGGAGCACAUCAACAUGCUCAGUUUCGUUGCGGAUUCCCAAUACGGCAUUCCGAGAAGCUGUCCGUGUGGUGGGAGGAUCAUUGAUGAGGUCAGGGGUAAGGAGGAGUACGACUCUCUUCCGGGGAAGCGCUUCUUCAGCUGCGCAAAGUACCAGGCAAGUAUUUGUUAUUUCUGUUGUUUCUGUUAUUUCUUUGAGUUGAUAAAUGCACCAUUGAUGAUUUUUGUUUCUGUUUUAAACAAGGCUGAUGGGCUCCAUUAUCGUCAGCCUUGGGUCGCAGGUGUGCAAGAGGAGAUACAACGACUGACUAGGCGUCUGGAGGAGGCGGAGCAGGUUAUGAAAGUCGUCCCGGAGCUCAAUCAACAGAUUGAUAGACUGGAGGGAGAGGUUUAUAACCUCACCGUGCAGGUAGCUCACCUGGAGAAGCUCUGCUUCGAAUGAAAAUCAAAGGUUGUCACGGGUCUCAACUGCAAAAGCUGGCUUCUCUACUGGCUUCUCUACUGGCUUCUCUACUGGCUUCUGUACUGCCUUCUCUACUGCUUCCUUGUUUGCAUGCUUCACGGGUUUAAUGUAAUUUGUUUUAAUGGCUUCUCUACUGCUUCACGGGUUUAAUGUAAUGUAAUGCUGCAGUCUUUUGUUUCUUUGCUUCACGGGUAACCAAAAUGUACUAUCUUUGCUUCUUGUUUCAGUCACGGGUUAUGUAAUCGAACUCUAUAAAUUAUGCCUCUUUGCUUUACUUCUCUUGCAACUUGUCUUUCAAUUAAAUCACUUGUGUCAUCACUCACUUGCAUCUUCUUCUUCUCAAUCCUCUAUUUCUACUUGUUUCAUUCUUUAAACUUGUCUAUUUCAACUUCUUCUCUCAAUUCUCUAUUUCAACUUGUUUCAUUCUAUAAAUUAAGUCAUUUUCAACUUAAUCAACAAAUAUUUCUCUAAUUCUCAAUUCUCUAUUUCUCUAUUUCUCAAAUCUGUUUCUUUUCUAUUUCUCUAUUUCUCAACUUUUUUUCUUUUAUAUUUCUCCAUUUCUCUACUCUUUUUCUUUUAUAUUUCUCAAAAAAUGUCUUCCCCAUCGUCUUACGAAGAUGAUGCCAUAGAUGAUCAAAUAGACAACACUUUUGAAGAUAUGUUCGACCAACAAUUUGAUCAAAUGUACGACGCAAUCGUUCAUGGUGCAGCCAACAAGCAGAAGAAACGAGCUUAUAUCGAAAGAGAGCGGGAACAAGGACACAAUCAACUGUGGAACGACUAUUUCAGUGAGCAUCCUACAUACCCACCAGAAAUAUUUAGGCGGCGUUUUCGAAUGACCAAACCAUUGUUCCUUUCCAUUGUCGAUCGCCUAAGUAAUGAAGUUCCAUACUUUCAGCAAAGACGAAAUGCUCACGGGAGGUACGGGCUAUCUGCACUUCAAAAAUGUACUGCAGCUAUACGUAUGCUCGCAUAUGGUCAAGCAGCAGAUACAUAUGACGAAUAUCUCCGACUUGGUGAGAGUACUGCACUUUUAUGUUUGGAAAAAUUCAACGAGGGAAUAAUACAAUUGUUUGGAGAUGAGUAUCUACGCAAACCUACAGCAGAUGAUCUUCAAAGAUUACUCGAUAUUGGAGAGGUUCGCGGAUUUCCAGGAAUGAUAGGAAGCAUCGACUGUAUGCAUUGGGAGUGGAAAAACUGCCCAAGGUCUUGGAGAGGACAGUACGCACGAGGUCACGGAAAGCCGACAAUUGUCUUAGAGGCUGUGGCAUCACAGGAUCUUUGGAUAUGGCACGCUUUUUUCGGUUUACCAGGUACCCUCAACGAUAUUAAUGUUCUCCAACGGUCACAAGUUUUUUCUGACAUUUUAGAUGGUCGAGCUCCUAAAGUAAAUUUCACGGUCAACGGCCACAAUUAUCGUAUGGCGUACUACCUUACCGACGGAAUCUAUCCGAAAUGGUCAACAUUUAUCCAAUCCAUCUCACUACCUCAAAGUCGUAAAGCCGAGCUUUUUGCUGAACAUCAAGAAUCCGCCAGAAAAGAUGUCGAACGUGCUUUCGGAGUUUUGCAAUCGAGGUUUGCAAUAGUUAAAAACCCGGCUCUACUAUGGGACAAGGAAAAAAUUAGAAAGAUUAUGAGAACUUGUGUCAUACUGCACAAUAUGAUAGUACAGAACGAACGAAACACAUAUCAUCUGUCUGAUACAUCUGAGUUCGAAACCGGAGAGUCAAGCAGAAGUUCACAGGUUGAAGUCUCGCAACCUACGACCACCCCUUCCACCUUCGUUAAUAGGCUUGGCAUUCGUAAUCAAAUUCGGAGUGAAAACAAACAUGAACGUUUGAAAGCCGAUUUAGUUGAAAAUAUAUGGCAAAAAUUUGGUAAUCUAGAUGAAUAAUCUUUGUAUGAAUUCUCAUUGUAAUAAAUAAAAAAUUUUAUUAAAUAAUUUUUUAAAAAAAUAUUAAAAAUAUAUUAUUUUAUUCUUAAGAACCUCAUAUUCAGGUUCACUAAUGGAACCGCAACAAAAUUACAGGUUCUUCACUAUUCACGGUCCCACCAAAAAAAUAUUAAAAAAUCUAUGUGAACCCCAAAAGGG